AUAUUCUCCAUCCUGCCCACUACCUCCUCAUGCGUACCUCAAUCUUUCGCUGCCAUCUUCGCCACUGCCUUCGCUGCCGAGCGCCUCCCUCCCAAUGACCCCAGCGUGACUGUCUCAUGCAAUCCCCAGCAGUGGCAGCCGCGUUUGGCAGGCCGUCGCAUCGUCGAGGAGCAUCGUGAGGGCUGGCGCGGAGAUUUCAACAACCCCACCCUCCACCGCAUUAUCAGGCCUGGUGACAUGACCACCCUGGACUACCGUCCAGAUCGCCUUACUGUGCGUAUCAAUGACAAGGGCACCGUAGUUGAGGUCAAGUGCAACUAAGGGAUUUGCAACAGCUGGUCUUGUCUGAAUCUUUGAAAUAAAAACGCG